AUGGCAAGAAAUCAAGGUAUUAUUUACUUUAAAAUUGACUUGUUUUUGUUACUUACGAAAAACGGCUCCUUUCAUGAAAAUAAUGCUUCAAAAUUAUUGCAACUGUCAUUCCUUACGACCUUUUUUACCCGUAAUAAGGCAUACUAUUCACUUUUGUAUAAGACUACAGUUUAUGCGAAAAUCUUCAUAUUGAAGGUGCUUUUGGUAGCCAAAGAUUUUGUCAAGACGACCUAUGGUAAAGCAAGAUGGACGGAUGGAUUAGCAACUGAAUUGAAACAUUAUUCUUCGAUUUGA